UUUGAUGAGUAAUUAACAAAACGCAAUAAGACAAAAUACAGUUGUAAGUGCUAAAAACCACUCCUGAAAUUUGCAAAAAACAGUUGGUUGAGAGUUUGCAAGAUGAAAAUGCGAUAAAUUGAUUUAGAAUUUGACAUUGAAAAACAAAUGGCUUAGGACGAAGGGUGUGGGUGCCAAGGUUGGAACCUAAAACCAGCAAGAUGCCUUGCGAGAGUUGUGGUGUGGAAUUUACGGUGUUUCGCCGCAAGCGGAGCUGUUUUGACUGCAGGCGCUACUACUGCAAUACUUGUUUAACAGCGACAACGGCUCGUCGUUGCAAGCGCUGUGCAAUCUUUGCGCAGAGGCCACUGCUGCGCACGGAUUUGCUGAAACUAAAACCAAAGGAUUUGAUAUUCUAUUUGCAAUCAAAGCAUAUUUCCACAGAAGGGUGCUUGGAGAAAGAGGAGCUGGUUAGUCUGGUACUGACUCAUGUGGCGCAAACGGACCGCGAUACCAAUCCCAAUCAGAUCCCGCGUCAUAGUCCUCGUCGCGGCUCUGCCAAUCCUAUGGACAGUCUGAAGCAAACGUGCCAAAAUUUCUUUACAAAUCUGAGCGAUAACAUAAGUGAUUCCUUUGCGUCCUUUGACAGCAAGCAAGCCGGCAAGUCAACGACUACGGCGACUAGCAGUAAUCAAGCCUCGGAGGAUAAUAGUGCCACACACUCUCCCACGCACAUUUUUGAGCAACCACGCGUAUCCACCCGUGAGAUACCAACGUAUGCAAGUGCGAGGCAGACGGGCGCUGGCAGACAGACGCAUAGAAAUCAAAACAGAGCGGAUAUGCCCAAUGUACAUGCAAGUCCAACGACUUCCUCCUCGCACACAACAACAACAAACAACACGGAACAACCUGUGGAUCAAUCAGAGUGCGAGUGCUCGGAUGAAGAGAUCAUGACUACUUUCAGUGAACGCACAUCGCAAAAACACAGUUCUUCUAGUAGACCAGCCGAGCCCAGUCCAGCAGCAGCAGCAGCAGAGGAAGCAUUAGAGGCAACAUCAGCAGCGCCUGGCUGCUCCAAGCACGGUUCGCUUAGCUCCAAAGCAGAUGCUUUCGCAGCAGAUGGCUCCUCACAGUCCAGCUUUGAGGAACUCGGCGCAAUUGGUGGAAUUUCGGAUGAAAGCAAAGCUGCCACAGAUACCAAUAGCAGCAAUAUGGAGCAAUGGCAGCUACUGGAGCAGCAUGGCCCUAGCGGCAGUCAAUUGCCAGUCUCGCCCACAGGCGCUAGCGCUGGAGUCGCGACUGAAGAAAUAUUAGAGAUAACGUUGCGAAAUGAGCUUGGCGAGGCACCAAGCAUAGCACAACACACGGUAAUGGUGACGCCGCCUCGUUUAAAAAAGGUUACGCGACGACGCUCCGAUGGCUACUUGAAUCGUCGUCAUCAUUCCAGCGAUGAGGAGUCGCCGCUUGGCACACAUCCUUUGCAGCUAAGCACGCUUAGCGAGCAACCAGAGUCAGCAACAGCGUCUGCAGGCUCUAGCUGUCACCGAUGUGGAAAAAACAAGACGAGCAUACGACGUCAGGUGGAGAAGAUGCGUCGUCAUUUGGAGAACUCGCAAAUGGACAGCGAACAGAUAAAGCUGGAGCUCCAGCAAUUUCUAAGUUAUCUGGAACAGCGCACCAAGUCCGUGGACUGCUCUGAGAAUAGUCAUCUGUUAUCGCCUGUAAGUGCGGAAGCAGUGGGUGCUGAAGGUAUGCCACGUACGCCCAGCCUAGAGUUCUCACCAACCCAGGAUGAACCUGAUAUGCACUGGGAUGAUGAUGAGGGCAUACAUGUCUAUGCAGCGCCACAUGGUUUUGAGCCCGCCAACUGCAUAGACUCACGCUUUGUCAACCUGCAAGACUUUGAGGAACUAAAAGACUUGGAGAACUUAACUGUGAAGCAGCUAAAGGAGGUACUAAUGCUGCAUCGUGUGGACUAUAAAGGUUGCUGUGAGAAACAAGAGCUAUUAGAUCGCGUCGAGAGACUAUGGAAAACCAUGCGCACAGCGCCAGCUGUGGAAAAGCUGCCAACAGAUGAACUGUGUAAGAUCUGCAUGGAUGCUCCCAUUGAAUGUGUGUUUCUGGAGUGCGGUCACAUGGCCACCUGUACCAGCUGUGGUAAAGUGUUGAACGAGUGCCCAAUUUGCCGACAAUACAUAGUACGCGUUGUUAGAUUCUUUAGGGCGUAAAUACUAGCUUUCAUUUUCGAUAUUU